AUGGCUCCUGGUCUCUCUUCCAAACAGGACAAUCCAUCCUCCUCUGAUGGCAAAGCUGCUGCUGUCGACACCACCUUAAGGAUCGCUAAAUUAAGAGAUUGUAUGAAAUCAGCUGGUGUCGCGGCCUAUAUCGUCCCUUCUGAAGAUGCUCAUCAGAGUGAAUAUAUUGCCGAUUGUGAUGGACGACGUGCUUACAUUUCUGGAUUUACUGGAUCUGCUGGUCUUGCUGUAGUCACAUCAGACGCAGCAGCAUUAUGGACUGAUGGAAGAUACUUCUUACAGGCUUCAAAACAGUUGGAUUCAAACUGGACUCUGAUGAAGAGCGGUCUACCUGAUGUGCCAAACAAAGAAGAAUGGUUGGUCAAGGUGCUUCCUCCUAAAUCUAAAGUUGGUAUUGAUCCCAAACUCGUUACUGUCGUCGCAUUUAAAACACUCAAAGAAGCACUCGAAACAGGCGGCCACACCCUCGUCAGCAUACACGACAACCUAGUCGACAAGGUCUGGGAUACCCGACCACCAGCUCCUUCAAAUCCUGUCAGAAUCCAUCCUCUUCAAUAUGCUGGAAAAUCAAGUGCAGACAAGAUCAAGGAAUUGCGCGAACAGUUUGAAAAGAAACGUGUUUGGGGGUUUAUUGUUACUGCUCUUGAUGAGAUUGCUUGGCUCUUCAACUUGCGUGGUUCAGAUGUAAAUUAUAAUCCUGUCUUUUUCUCAUAUGCCUUGAUUACCAAGAAUGAGAUUGUGUUAUAUGUGGAUUCUGCUAAAGUGGCAGCUGAUGUACAAACAUUCCUUGGAAACGAUGUCACUUUACGACCUUAUGAUUCAAUAUUCGAUGAUUUGAAGAGUAAAGCCCUUGCUCGUGAAGGUCUUGCUGAGGAUGCAAAGAAGGAGAAACUAUGGAUUGACAGUCGCUGCAACCAAGCUUUAUUGGAUGUCAUUGGUGGAGAGAAAAUGGUUGAAGAAUCUCGAUCACCAGUCAUGACUGCUAAAUCUAUCAAGAAUGCUGUUGAAUGGGAAGGAUUUAGGCAAAGUCAUAAGAGAGAUGCUGUUGCACUGAUCAGCUACUUUGCAUGGUUGGAAAAUGAGCUGGUGGCGAAGAAGAACACUAAUUUAUCUGAAGCAGAGGUUGCUGAUGUAUUGGAGAAUUUCAGGAGCAAACAAUCUGAUUUCGUGACGCUGAGUUUUGAUACUAUAUCUUCAACUGGUGCAAAUGCUGCCAUCAUUCACUACAAGCCUGAAAAGGGAUCUGAUGCUAUUGUUGAUGUGGACAAGAUAUAUUUAUGUGAUUCAGGAGGACAAUAUCUUGACGGCACAACAGACGUAACCAGAACUCUGCAUUUCGGAACGCCCACUCAAGCAGAAAAGGAAGCCUUCACGCUCGUCCUCAAGGGCCACAUUCAACUCGAUAUGGCCGUAUUCCCUAAAGGAACUUCAGGUUAUAUACUGGAUGUGUUGGCUCGUGCUGCUCUUUGGAAGUCUGGAUUGGAUUUCAGGCAUGGAACCGGACAUGGUGUUGGAUCCUUCCUGAAUGUUCAUGAAGGGCCACAAGGUAUUGGUACUCGUAUUGGAUAUAAUGAUAUUCCUUUGGAGCCUGGCAUGACUGUUACCAAUGAGCCUGGAUAUUACGAAGACAAUGCAUUCGGUAUCCGUAUCGAGAACGUCAUGCUAGUUCGUGAACAAGCAACACCACAUCGUUUUGGCGAUCGUCCUUAUUAUGGAUUCGAGCAUGUCACGCUUGUUCCUAUUGGAGCUAAACUGAUUGAAGUGUCGUUGUUGACUCCUGAGGAAGUGAAAUGGGUGAAUUCGUAUCAUGAAGAAGUGUGGAAUGCGUUGAAUGGGUUUAUGAAGGAGGGGACGUUGGAAUGGGCGUGGUUGAAGAGGGAGUGUAUGCCUAUUUCGGCUCUUCAACCUGCAUGUGUCAGUGUAAAUUAUAAUCCUGUCUUCUUCUCAUAUUCACUCGUCACAAAGGAUGAGAUUGUCUUGUACAUGGAUUUCGCUCAAGUAGCAGCUGAUACACAAACAUUCCUUGGAACAGAUGUCACUCUACGACCAUAUUUCAUGAUUUGA